CUAAAGUGCAGGCGAAGCAGUGAGACGAGACAGGCAGAGACACUCACAGACUGGGAAGCACGCAGGACAGCACCCACCCGAGCGAGCCCGGCACCCACUCAUUCCAUUCCAUGUCCCCAGUGGGGAUGAAGAAAGUCCGGAUCCCCUGCGCCCGGCUGCUGUUACUCUGUCUGUCCUUACAGCAGAUAAUAGGAGGGCUGUCAGAAUGGGUAUCAUGCAGCAAAACUGGCUUUACAGAGGAAAAUUACUAUUUCACGGUGCCAAGGAAGCUAAAGGAGCACACAGUGAUAGGAAGAGUUAGCUUUGAGCAGUGUGGACACGCAUCUACAGUUCAGUAUGUUUCUGAAGACCCAGAUUUUGAUGUACUGGAGUCCGGCACGAUCAUAGUAAAGAAUGCAUUAAAGAUGCACAAGCCCACGAAAAGGUUUCACAUUUUUGCUGUCUAUGGAAAGCACAAAGAAGAGCAGUCUGCCCUGGUUACCCUGGAAAGGAGGCAGCACUUACACCAACAGGAUUUAUCCAAUGAGCAGCCUCUGCUGAGAAGACAGAAACGAGAAUGGGUUAUCCCUCCAAUCUCAGUAUCUGAAAACGAGAAGGGUACUUUUCCAAAGAGGCUUGUGCAGAUCAAAUCCAGUAGAGCUACUGAAGUGACAGUGUUUUACAGCAUUACUGGGCAAGGUGCCGAUACCCCCCCUGUGGGUGUAUUUACCAUGGAGACACGAACUGGCUGGCUGUUGGUGAACGCACCUCUGGACAGAGAAACCAUUCCCAUGUAUACCAUCCAGGUACAUGCCGUGUCUUCUGAUGGAAUAUCGGUGGAGCAGCCAAUGGAAAUUAUAAUUAAAGUCAUCGAUCAGAACGAUAACAAACCACAGUUUACACAGCAGGUCUUUGAAGGUUCUGUGCCUGAGGGGUCUCGACCAGGUACUCCCGUGAUGUCCGUAACAGCCACAGAUCUAGAUGACAGCAUCAACACCAACAACGGGAUGGUUGCUUAUUCCAUCGUCGACCAAGAACCCAAAGAGCCCAAUGCUCAGAUGUUUACAGUCAAUGUUCUGACCGGACAGAUCAGUGUGAUCUCUACUGGUUUGGACCGAGAGAAAAUACCAAAGUAUACACUGAUAGUCAAAGCGACGGAUCAAGAAGGUGAAGGGCUCUCAACGACUGCUACAGCUGUGAUCACUGUGACCGAUACCAAUGACAAUCCUCCUGUUUUUGACCCUACAACGUAUGUUGCUGAUGUUUACGAAAACGAAGUUGGCGCUGAGGUUACGCGUCUGACGGUCACAGACGCGGACAUUCCUGGCACAGAUGCAUGGCUUGCAGAAUACAAGAUCAUCAAAGGCAAUGAAGCAGGGGCUUUCAAAGUUGAAACAGUCAAUGACAAUGUCGGACUUGUGACAACCAUAAAGGGUUUGGACUUUGAAGUAAAGAGCCAGUACCUGCUGCUCAUUACUGCGGUAAACAAAGCUAACUUUUCUGUGCCGCUGGUAACUUCCACUGCCACAGUCACUGUGAAUGUCUUAGAUGAGAAUGAGGCCCCCAUAUUCGCACCGCCUGUCAAAUCAGUGUCUGUCUCUGAGGAUCUGCCAAAUGGUCAGGAGGUCGCGUCAUACACCGCACAGGAUCCAGACAAGUUCCAGAAUCAGAAGAUAUUUUACAUGAUUGGAAAUGACCCAGCUGGGUGGCUUUCUGUGAACAAGGACAAUGGAAUUAUCACUGGUAAUGGACAUCUGGAUCGGGAGUCCAUGUAUGUGCAGAACGACAUUUACAAAGCAAUCAUCUUGGCAGUGGACAGUGGUAAUCCAUCGGCUACUGGAACUGGGACCCUUUUGCUUACCCUUCUCGACGUCAACGACAAUAGCCCAUAUUUGGAGACACCAGACGUAUCUUUUUGCCAGAGAGAUCCAGACCCUAUAGUAAUUAGCAUAAUUGAUCGCGACAAGAGCCCAAACACUGGCCCAUUCACGGUGGACCUCUUGCCUGAAGCACGUGAAAACUGGACAGCUUCCGUGGUUAACAAUAACCUUGAGAUAAAACCAUUGAAGGACCUUGAAGUUGACACUUAUGAUGUCGGUGUCAUCCUGAAAGACAAUAUGGGAAUGCAGAACAAGUCCAUUCUGAAAAUCACUGUGUGCCACUGUGAAGAGGACAGGAAGAUCUGCGCAGAAAGAGCUCUUCUUGCUGGAGGACUGGGAAUCCCCGCUAUUAUCGGAAUUCUCGGCGGCAUCUUAGCGCUUCUGAUAUUGUUGUUGUUACUCCUGCUUUUCGUGAGGCGGAAGAAGGUGGUAAAAGAGCCCUUACUUCCUCCAGAAGAUGAUACUCGGGACAAUGUCUAUUGCUAUGAUGAAGAAGGAGGUGGUGAGGAAGAUCAGGAUUUUGACUUGAGCCAACUUCACCGUGGCCUUGAUGCUCGUCCAGAUGUGAUACGCAAUGAUGUUGCUCCCACUCUGUUACCGGCUCCUCAGUACCGACCGCGCCCGAGCAACCCAGAUGAAAUUGGGAAUUUUAUAGACGAGAACCUCCACGCAGCAGAUAAUGACCCCACUGCCCCGCCGUAUGACUCCUUGCUUGUGUUUGACUAUGAAGGCAGCGGCUCUGAGGCUGGGUCCCUCAGCUCUCUGAACUCCUCCAACUCUGAUGAAGAUCAGGACUUCGAUGCAUUGAACAAGUGGGGACCUCGCUUCCAGAAACUGGCUGACAUGUAUGGCGGAGAUGAAGAUUAAAACAUCCCCUACGGUCAUAGAAACUGUGAAAAGUAUAAAAGUGCUAGUGCCGGUGAUCAUCUGCAGAUAACAACUUAACUACAGUCUUUAUCACAGUACAGCAGCAUGAAGUCAGGCGGCUCCAAUGAUUUUCCUUUUUUUAAUUUUCUUUGUUCAUCCCAAGCAACAAUAUUUACUAAAAAAAACAGAAA